AUGUCUGGGGAUUUGGAUAUGCUAGAGGGUAAUGAGGAAAAUAGUUUUGAUCAGUAUGGAGAAAACACAUCAUCUAUUUCUUCAAUAAAUAAGCAUGUGACAUCUUUUGACUUGAAUGAAGAAGCAAGCAGCGAAGAGUAUAUUGAUUUAUGUCUUGAGGAUGAUGAGAAGACUGGUGAAGGAAGUUCAUCAAAGAAUAGAAAAGGUCCAGUUAGGCAAUAUGUUCGCUCCAAAAUGCCUAGACUUCGUUGGACUCCAGAACUCCAUCACGCAUUUGURAAUGCUAUCGAAAGGCUUGGUGGACAAGAGAGUAAGUUCUGUAAAUUACUUCGUACCUUUUCCCAACUAGUACACAGGGUUCAUGGUAAUUUUAGACCUUCUGACCAAUGGGCUUAG